AUGCACCAGUAUAUUGGACUCAGAGACCAAACUAUGAUCCCCAUAGCGUACUCACCUCUACUGGAUAUUCCUCUCGAAGAAGACAUACAGGAGUUACUCCACGAUCAGAUCUCCAGCAGUACGAUUGGAGACAUCAAAUAUGAAUUCCCAGUCAGAAACUGCACCAGCCAUAACCGGAAAGUAGUCAAGCUGGGGAAGUACGCAGCCACCCAAAAGCCAAUUAUCAUGGAUCUAGAAAGACGAACGUACCCACUAGCAAAAUGA